GCUCAGUAGCGGUAGCAGCGGCCGUGGAGGUGGCGCUGGGGACUGUUUUCUCUCGGAGGCCGGAGCAGAGCCGCGUCUGACUGAGGCGGGCAGCGAGAGGUCCCCUCGCUCCCUCCCUCCUCCGCGCCCUCCCCGCCGCCGCCAGCCACCAACUGCCAACCGCCGCGCCCGGGGAGGAGCCGCGGCCCGCGGGGCCGGAGGCAGGCCUGCGUCCGGACAUCCACCGGAGCCGGAGCGAGAGCCGGGGCCUCGGCGUCCCCGCCCUCUCCCCUCCUCAGGGCCAACGUCCGCCGGCCCCUUGCGCGUCGCGCCAUGGACUCGGACGAGGGUUACAACUACGAGUUCGACGAAGACGAGGAGUGCAGCGAAGAGGACAGCGGCGCCGAGGAGGAGGAGGAUGAAGACGAGGACGAGCCGGAUGAUGAUAACCUGGAUCUGGGCGAGGUGGAGCUGGUGGAGCCCGGCUUGGGCGUCGGCGGGGAGCGGGACGGACUGCUGUGCGGGGAGACGGGCGGCGGCGGCGGCAGCGCUCUGGGGCCGGGCGGCGGCGGCGGCGGCGGAGGCGGCGGGCCAGGGCACGAGCAGGAAGAGGAUUACCGCUAUGAAGUGCUCACGGCCGAGCAGAUCCUGCAACACAUGGUGGAAUGUAUCCGGGAGGUCAACGAGGUCAUCCAGAAUCCAGCAACUAUCACAAGAAUACUCCUUAGCCACUUCAAUUGGGAUAAAGAGAAGCUAAUGGAAAGGUACUUUGAUGGAAACCUGGAGAAGCUCUUUGCUGAGUGUCAUGUAAUUAAUCCAAGUAAAAAGUCUCGAACACGCCAGAUGAAUACAAGGUCAUCGGCACAGGAUAUGCCUUGUCAGAUCUGCUACUUGAACUACCCUAACUCGUAUUUCACUGGUCUUGAAUGUGGCCAUAAGUUCUGCAUGCAGUGCUGGAGUGAAUAUUUAACUACCAAAAUAAUGGAGGAAGGCAUGGGACAGACGAUUUCAUGUCCUGCUCAUGGUUGUGAUAUCUUGGUGGAUGACAAUACAGUUAUGCGCCUGAUCACAGAUUCAAAAGUUAAACUAAAGUAUCAGCAUUUAAUAACGAAUAGCUUUGUAGAGUGCAAUCGACUGUUAAAGUGGUGUCCUGCCCCAGAUUGCCACCAUGUUGUUAAAGUCCAAUAUCCUGAUGCUAAACCUGUUCGCUGCAAAUGUGGGCGCCAGUUUUGCUUUAACUGUGGAGAAAAUUGGCAUGAUCCUGUUAAAUGUAAGUGGUUAAAGAAAUGGAUUAAAAAGUGUGAUGAUGACAGUGAAACCUCCAAUUGGAUUGCAGCCAACACAAAGGAAUGUCCCAAAUGCCAUGUCACAAUUGAGAAGGAUGGCGGUUGUAAUCACAUGGUCUGUCGUAACCAGAAUUGUAAAGCAGAGUUUUGCUGGGUGUGUCUUGGCCCUUGGGAACCACAUGGAUCUGCCUGGUACAACUGUAACCGCUAUAAUGAGGAUGAUGCAAAGGCAGCACGAGAUGCGCAGGAGCGAUCGAGGGCAGCCCUGCAGAGGUACCUGUUCUACUGUAACCGCUAUAUGAAUCACAUGCAGAGUCUACGCUUUGAGCACAAACUAUAUGCUCAGGUGAAGCAGAAAAUGGAGGAGAUGCAACAGCACAACAUGUCCUGGAUUGAAGUGCAGUUCUUGAAGAAAGCAGUUGAUGUCCUCUGCCAGUGUCGUGCCACACUCAUGUACACUUAUGUCUUCGCCUUCUACCUCAAAAAGAAUAACCAGUCCAUUAUCUUUGAGAAUAACCAAGCAGAUCUAGAAAAUGCCACAGAGGUGCUUUCGGGCUACCUGGAACGAGAUAUUUCCCAAGAUUCUCUACAGGAUAUAAAGCAAAAGGUUCAAGAUAAGUACAGAUACUGUGAGAGUCGACGAAGGGUUUUGUUACAGCAUGUGCAUGAAGGCUAUGAGAAAGAUCUGUGGGAGUACAUUGAGGACUGAGAAUGGCCCUGCAUAAAAUGAACUCUGAAAACUUUACCAUCUAGAGUGCUCAUGCAAUUAAAGCAAACAAAACAAAACAAACACAAAAAGGAGGCACUAAGCCUCUUCUGACACCGAUGGUCUGUAGUACCGGAAUUCUGUUUUGUUAACGGAAAGUUUAAGUAAAUUAUAUUGUAAUAAAAAAAGGUAGAUAAAC